GUUGCUGUCUCUGUCUGGUGUGUCAUGGCAGACCCGAGUCACCGGCCAGGAUCCGUCCCGAUCUUUCUCCCGGAGCCCGCAGCCUGUUGAAUAACGGUCCGAAGUACAUCCUGCAGUAAUGCCCACAUAAACAUGGCUAGGAUCGGAGUAGGAGCCUCCCUGAAUUCAAGCAGGCUUCCUUCUGAGUAAACAGGACAGGGCUGCCAAAGUUCUUGGAUUUAAUUGGAAGAAUCUAUUUGUGGAAAGAAUCGAACAGGAGUCCUCAGGAUGGCGCCCUUCUCCCGCCUUCUGCCCAUCUUGCUGCUGUGGCUGCUGUGCCCUGCCGGAGCCCCCGUCCGGAUCUGCGCCUUCAACACUCAGCGUUUUGCCCAAGGAAAAGCCGAAAAGGCCAACGUCAUGGACAUUCUUGUCAAGAUCCUGUCUCGUUGCGAUAUCGCUGUCCUGCAAGAGGUCAUGGAUGCGAAAGGAAAGGCAGUUCCUGCCCUGGUGGAUGCCCUGAAUCGGUUUGAGGGGGAUUCCGAUGCUUAUAGCUACCUCACCAGCCCUCUGCUGGGGCGCAGUAACUAUCAAGAACGCUAUGUUUUUGUGUACAGGAACAAGAAGACACGGAUGCUGGAUUCUUAUAAAUAUGAAGACAACCAUCCUGACCGCCCUGAUGUCUUUGCACGAGAGCCCUUCAUUGUGCGCUUCAGUCUGCCCACCAAAGAGCUUCCAGAACUGGUGCUGAUCCCACAGCAUACAGUGCCCUCGAAAGCCGAAACUGAAAUUGAUGCUCUCUAUGAUGUCUUCCUCAAUGUGCACGCACACUGGGGCAUUGAGGACAUGAUUUUCUUGGGCGAUUUUAAUGCUGAUUGUGGCUAUGUGGCCAAAAAACGAUGGGGGAAUAUCCGGCUGCGUCAGAAACCUGGCUUUCAUUGGCUCAUUGGGGACAAAGCUGACACGACUGUUCGAGAGAACACCCGCUGUGCCUAUGACAGGAUUGUGGUGCAUGGUGAGCGGUGCCUGGAUGCCGUUGUACCUGGUUCAGCUCAAGCCUUUGAUUUCCCCAAGGAAUUUGGACUUUCGGAGGCAGAGGCUUUGGAGGUUAGCGACCAUUAUCCAGUAGAGGUAGAACUGUACUCAUCCUGCUGGAGACUCCAGCCAACCAAUUUAGGUGGUCUCAUCCUGCUAGCCUUGGCCAUAGUCUCUGGUACAAAGUAUGAGAUCUGAAGCUCUUCUGAUCCUGGGGAUCCAGAUACUUGUGGCUGUGCUGGUCUUGCAACAAUGGAGGUGUAGGAUCACCAAGAGGAUAUACUUCACUGGAGCAAUCAAUGGCUUAAAGAUAUUAGGUGCUUCCCAAUGGACUACACCUACGGGUAACAUUCAGAAGGCAUCAUAUGCAACAAUGUCACCUUUCCUCCCCUUAAUUGUCUUUUCUUUUAAGAAGAAAGGAAAGAACAUUGGGGAAAUUUUUGAGGGUUGGACAUCAUGACUUGGACCUUGCUUACAAGUCUGUGAAUGUGGCAUUGUGUCAUCACACAGUCUGGAAGGACAUACAAUGCAAGUUUCCAGAUUUUGAGAACUAUCAGGUUUACGUUGAGGUUCCUUAUGUGGUAUACAUCUGAACUGCAGAAAGCUUUCUCUGCUCUGCCCCUGCUGACUCCUGCAAAAUGAUAGUUGUUUGUCAUCUGGAUGGUUUCACCAGAGGAAACCAGCAGGCACCUGAUUUGAAAUACUGAGGAUCACAGCAGAUCAAAGUGUAUUUUCUCUGCUAUGUCCUUGUACCCUCAGUCUUGGGCCUGAAGGUAGUGCACAAAGCAACUGGCUCCUGCUGUUCAAUGCAGAGGGGAAGGUGGCUGGGCCAAGAGAAGACAGCUUGCCUAGGGCUGCUUGGUGAGCGUUGGGCCAGGGAUUUCACAGCUCACACUCAUAGAUGCUAUGCUAUACGUUUCUAAUGCUCCUGCAGUCCAGUCACAGCAACCACCUUGUGGAUGCCAGAUACAGAAGAAAACAAUAUAUUGUUAUUAUUGAGUGCCCCUGUUGCCAAGAGCGAAUGUAAGUCUCACCACGGCUGGCUCACGGUUUCAGGGCUGGCGCUGCCAUUUGGCAGAGUGAGGCAGCCAUCUCAGGCAGCAGAAUCGAUCAGUGUCAUGAAAGGAUUCCUGCUGAGAAGUGGGAGGGGCUGUGGUAAGAUUAUCUUUCUCAGAUGCCAAAAUAAUGGGACUGUCCAUUUGCUAUUCCAUGUCAGGCAACCAAGUGCCUUUUUAUUUAUUUGCUUUGGGGGG